AUGUACAUAAAUGAUCUUACGAUGUUUAUCCUCUGGAUGGUAGACGCCCCGCUUUUACUCCAAAAACCCGGUGGUUUAUCCUGUGACGGAUCUUGGCAAUACAAUUACUGGGGUUAUUACUGGGGAACUUUCUGGAGAGAUCAGCCCGCGAAUUUCGACGCCGCUACCGAUGUGGGCUCAUCAGGGUGUCAGCAAUGGAAUCUCGUCGUUAUCUUUGCAUUUGUGAUCGCGUUCUCUUAUCUGAUUAACUUUGUAAUUGUGGGGAGUAUUGGACAAGCACCCUCUUCAUUCACCAUCCGUCCAGAACACAAACACUCCUCCAAAACGAAAUCAGCAGCAAGACUCGUCAGUGAUGGCUCUUGUGGGUCUACCAGCUUAUGGUUCACGGCUUCAUAUGUAGGGUUCAGGAUUCUCGGAAUUGCUGCUGCCACCGUAGUCGCCGGUCUUGUCGGAACCAGUAUCGCCAGUACCUCCAAAGCGCAUGACUACGUAGACUCGCGGAUCAUCUAUACUAUCGUCAUCGCGGGACUCAACCUGUGGGAUGGACUCACGUUCAUCAUUCCAUUCAACGUAUUCCCAAACGUUUUCACCUUUUUUAUUUUGUGGAUAGUUGACGCUACGCUACUGCUCCAUAUUGAUGGAAGUCUCACUUGCAAUGGUUCUUGGCAAUAUACCUAUUGGGGUUACUACUGGGGGCAAUUUUGGAACAACAAACCUGCCGAUUUCGAUACUAUUGCCACAGUUGGCUCUACGGGGUGUCAUCAAUGGCAGCUGGUGAUCGCGUUCGCUUUCCUAGCAGCUUUCUCGCAUUUCUUCCACGGGUUGAUUGUGAGGAGUGCUGGAUUUAAUGGGCCCAUGCUUCGGCAUUCACUCUAG